AAGGAGCCUAGAGAGAAACUCAGCAAGGUGGAGUCUGUCUGCACUUGUGAAAAUCAGCCACCACCUACAGCAAUACUCAGACCUGGCAUUUAUAAGGCAGUUUUCAUCUAUAGAUCUCAACACAGUUUACAAAGGACGGGUAAGCAAGCUAAGGACAAGACAACAAAAUUUUCCCAAAAAAAAUCAUGCAAGGAAAGAAGAAAGAGAAAAUUAAAACAAAAGACAGUUCACUUUUUGACAUUUCCAUUCUUGAAAAGUUUAUGAAAACCUAUGAAAGGCAUUGUGCCUUUUCUCAAAGCUCUGUCAGUGGCAUGAUCAAACAGAGCUUAAGAAAAUGCAUAGAAAAUGAAACUAUUCUUACAAAGUUUGUGCUCACAAACUCUCAGAAUUCCCAGCCAGUCUUCCUCACACCUCUAUUAAGGACAAUUAGAGAUGAACGGUAUAUGUUAGGAAAAGAACUCUGUAUCUGGGGAAUUCAGCUAAACAAUCAAGACAUUGCAAACCUUGCAAUGCUUUUAGAGCGGAAUGGACGUACCAACUAUCCCUUUUGUACUCUAGAAAUAACUCAUGCUCAGAUAGAUGCAUGGUCCAUGGAGCGACUUGGAGCAGCUUUCCCUUUCAGCAACUUGAACUCCAUUGUUCUAGAUUAUACCAAGUUUGGAGAUAAAGGAAUCAACGGACUUGUUUCUGGGUUAGAGGGAAACAGAAAACUUCUAACCCUCAGCUUAUGCUACUGCGGUUUGGAACCUGAAAGUGGGUCCAAGUUAGGCCCCAUUGUAGCCCAAACUGCCAUUUGCAAUCUUUAUCUAAAUGGUAACAACUUGCAAUGUUUGGGUGCCCUUGAGCUCAUCACACCAAUAGCUAUGUAUGCAGACAAUCUUGGAAGAGAUAAGGAGACAAAUGCCUUACUAUUCAACAAUUAUUCUGAUCAUCAAAUACCAGAAGCAGACAAAGGUUUGGGUAUCCAUUCAACAGCUUCUGGCUUGAACGUUGCUUCCAAAACAGGAAACUCUAACACUGUGGAAAGUAGUAUGAGGAAGGAAAAGAAAAGAAAAGGCACAGUUCAGUUUUGUGUGGUUUUAUUCUAUUACACAUAA